AUGAGCGCGGUUCAGGCGAACGAUGCGGAGAAGAACAUCGAGAUAUGGAAGGUGAAAAAACUGAUUAAACGUCUCGAGGCUGCUCGUGGGAACGGGACGUCCAUGAUUUCCCUGAUUAUCCCGCCCAAGGAUCAGGUCUCACGGGCAGCCAAGAUGUUGGCUGAAGAAUUCGGUACGGCAUCCAAUAUCAAGUCGCGUGUCAACCGUCUCUCCGUCCUGUCCGCUAUCACCUCCACCCAACAGCGCCUCAAGCUCUACACAAAAGUCCCCCCAAAUGGACUUGUCAUUUACUGUGGUGAAAUCAUCACGUCCGAGGGAAAGGAACGCAAGAUUAACAUCGACUUCGAACCGUUCAAGCCCAUCAAUACCUCCCUCUACCUUUGUGACAACAAGUUCCACACCGAGGCCCUAAGCGAACUACUCGAGUCAGACCAGAAAUUCGGGUUCAUCAUCAUGGACGGCAAUGGCGCCCUUUUUGGAACCCUCAGCGGAAACACAAGGGACGUCGUCCAUAAAUUCUCCGUCGAUUUGCCCAAGAAGCACGGUCGUGGUGGUCAGUCUGCCUUGCGUUUUGCGCGUCUUCGAGAAGAAAAGCGCCACAACUACGUCCGUAAAGUUGCCGAGCUUGCUGUGCAGAAUUUCAUCACCAAUGACAAAGUCAACGUUGCCGGCAUCAUCCUUGCUGGAUCUGCGGAUUUCAAAAAUGACCUUAACCAGUCCGACAUGUUUGAUAACCGCCUUCAAUCCAAGGUUAUCAAGGUCGUCGAUGUUUCUUAUGGUGGUGAGAAUGGCUUCAACCAAGCUAUUGAGCUUGCCUCAGAGACUCUCGGAAAUGUCAAGUUUAUCCAAGAGAAGAAACUCAUCGGCAAAUACUUCGAGGAGAUCAGCCAGGACAGCGGCAGGGUCUGUUACGGUGUGGAAGACACCCUCAAGGCCUUGGAGCUGGGUGCUGCAGAGACAUUGAUCGUUUUCGAAAAUCUGGACAUCACCCGGUGGGUUCUCAAAGCAUCCACUGGCGAACAGGUUAUUCUGCACACCACCAAGGCCCAGGAAGCCAGCCGGGAAUUGUUCAUGGAUAAGGAAACAGGCCAGGAGAUGGAAAUUGUCGAGCAAGCCUCCUUCCUCGAGUGGCUAGCCGAGCACUACAAAGAUUUCGGUGCAACGCUGGAGUUUGUUUCCGAUCGAUCCAGCGAAGGAAACCAGUUCGUCAAGGGCUUUGGCGGCAUUGGAGCUGUUCUCCGCUACAAAGUUAACUUCGAGCAACUUGCUGAUUAUGAAUCCGAGGACGAAUUUUACGACGCUAAGAAUGCCAUUCAAGGAGGCUACCAGGUAGCCGUCAUGCGGGCCUUAGGUCCGUCUGCUCAAUGCAACACGAAGCUUCUCAGAGGGCCAUCCAAGCUCCGAAAUGUAGCUAUGAGUAACUAA